AUGGAGGAGGGGAUAGGACAGGGUGAGGGGAGGGGGGUUGAGGAAUUUGUGUGGUGUUGGGGGGAUGUGGGGAUUGGGGGGGGUAAUGUGAUGGGGGUUAUUGUGGGUUGUGUUGUGUUGGUGGUUUGGGGGGGUGGGUGGGGGGGUGGGGGGGGUUGGGUGGUUGGUGUGUUGUGGGGGGGUGGAGGGGGUGGGGGAUGGGGGGUUGGUGGGUGUGGGGUGGUGUGGGGUGGGGGUGGGUUGGGGGGUGGUGGUGGGUUUUUUGGGUGUGGUGGGGGGUUGGGUGUGUGGUGGGGGGGGGGGUGGCGGGGGUUUGUUGGGUUUGGUUGGUGGUGUGGGUGUGUGGUGGGGGGGGGGGGUGGGUUUGUUUGUGUGGGGGUUGGGGUGGGGUGGGGGGGGGGGUUUGUAUUUGUGGGUGGGGGAGGGGGGGGGUGUUGGGGUUGGGGUGUGGGGGGGUGGGUUGGUUGUGGGGGGGUGGGGGGGGUUGGGGUGGGGGGGGGUGGGGGUGGGGGGGGGGGUGUGGUGUGGGUUGGGGUGGUUGGUGGGGUGUUGUGGGUUUGUGGUGGUGUUGGGGGGUGGGGUGGGGGGGUGGGGGUGUUUGGGGUGUGGGGGGGGGGUGUGUUGGGUUUGUGGUUGUUGUUGGGGGUGGGGUGUGUGGGGGGGGUGGGGGGGUGGGGGGGUGGGUUUGGGGGGGUGGGUGGGGGGGGUGGGGUGGGUGGGGGGGGGGGGGGGGGGGGUGGGGGUGGGGGGGGGGGGGGUGGGGGGGGGGGGUGUGGGGGGGUGUGGGGGGGUUGUGUUGGGGUUGGUGUGGGGGGGGUUGUGGUGGGGUUGGGGGUGUGGGGGGGGGGGGGGGGGUUGGGGGGGGGGGUGUUGGGGUGGGGGGGGGGUUGGUUUGUGUUGUGGGGUUGGGGGGGGGGGGGGUGUGUUGGGUUUGGGGGGGGGUUUUUGUUUGGGGGUGGUGUGUGGGUGUGGGGUGUGGGGGGUGUGGUGUUGGUGUGGUGUGGUUGUUUGGGGUUGGUUGGUGGUGUGGGGUGUGGGUGGGUGGUUUUUUGGGGGUUGGGUGUGGUGGGUGGGGUGGGGGGGGGGGGUGGGGUGGUUGGGGGGGGGGGGGGUGUGGUGGUGGGUGGGUGGGUGUUGUGGGUUGUGGUUGGUGGGGGGGGGGUUGGGGGGGGGGGUGGGUGGGUGGGUGGGUGGGGGGUGGGGUGGGGUUUUGGGGGGUGUGGGGGUGUGUUUUGGGGGUGGUGGGUGUGGGUUGUGGGGGGGUGGGUGUGUUGGUGGUUGGGGGGUGGGUGGUGUUUGGUUGGGGUUUUUGUGGGGGUGUGUGUUUGUUGUGGGUGGUGUGGUGGGGGGGGGUUUUUAUUAGUUUGGUGUGUGUGGUAG